UAACAGGUCAUUUGUUUCUAACAUUUUUGUCUGACGCAACGGAAACGAAGUCAUCGGGCAAUACGUAAGUUUUCCCGCGAAUCUGGUGUUGGUCUCGACUGGUCGUGAGUCCUUUCGGAUUUUAUUUCUUUGUAUGACUUGCCACAAACAUCCACAAUGACAGGCGUUUACGAGUCUCCCAAACCCAGAAUCAACGCGUCGAUGUUGUCUCAGUACAUCGGUCGCCCAGUCUGCUUCGUUGGACGAUUAGAAAAGGUGCAUCCAUCAGGAAAGGCUCUUACUCUGUCAGAUGGAGAAGGAAAGUCUGCAUCAGUGGAGCUCAGUGAGCCUCUGGACGAGGAGCUGAGUGGGAUUGUGGAGGUUAUUGGGAUGGUGUCGAAUAAAGGGACAGUUAUGGCUGUGUCAUAUACUCAGUAUCGAGAGGACAAGAUCUCUUUCGAUCUGGAGCUGUAUAAUGAAGGCCUGAAGGUUCUCCAUGAUUUUCCCCAGCAUUACCCGUUUGAGGUGUCAUUAAGUGGUUAAACUGCACAUUUUAUUUGCUUUUUACAGUUUCUGUAUAAUUGGAUAUUUACUGUUUGUAAAAAAAAAAAAAAAAAAUGUAAACAUUGUUGUUUUGAUUUUGUUGCUUGAAAUAAAACCUUAAAACCCUU